AUGCUCCCUCGUACCGUCCCAGGCCUCUUUGCGCGCCGCCUCUUCUCCACGUCCGCCAGGAUGGCUUCCACCACGCCAAUGGAAGAUCUCAUGCGCGACAAGCUCACUCACGCGUUCACCCCCUCCACCCUCGUCAUUCGCAACGACUCCCAUCUGCACGCCCACCACUCCGCGAUGCAAGGCUCAACGUCCAAGGAGACGCAUUUUCAGUACGUUCAGAUCUCACCCGGGAACCUCAAUCGCCAGGCGAUGUCUUCCAUCGUUGUGACGAUCGUCUCCAAUGCUUUCGAGUCCAAGAUGCAGCCGGCUCGACACCGCAUGGUCUAUGCGCUACUGAAAGAUGAGAUGGCGCGGGACGGAGGCAUUCAUGCACUGCAGUUGAAGACGAAGACACCGGCGGAGGAACAGCGGGAGAAGGAGAGGAAGGCUUGA